AUGAAAAUCAAUAAAGAUGGCGGGUUGGCUUCAACUCUUACAUAUGCUGAAUUUCCUAAUUAUUAUGUCUACCAAAAAGAUAAACGUCAAUGGAAACAGCGAGAAAGAGGUUUUGCCGUUGGUAGGAUCACACAUGUGUCACCAUCAUCUGGAGAAUUAUAUUAUCUUAGAUUGUUACUAACUACUGUAAGGGGUCCCACCUCAUUUGAUGAUAUCAAAACUGUUGAUGGUAUGGUUCAUGAUACUUUCAAAUCUGCAUGUUUUGCUCUGGGACUCUUACAAGAUGAUAAUGAAUACAUUACUGCAAUCAAGGAAGCAGCCAUAUGGGCAUCUGGAAUUCAAUUAAGGAGGCUCUUUGUAAGCAUGUUAUUAUGUUGUUCUUUACAACAACCUGACAUUGUAUGGAAGGAAACCUCAAAGCUACUCUCAGAAGAUCUAUUUUACAUAUCUUAUAAUGAUCCAGUCUCAUCAGAUAUCCAUAUCUCUCUAUCUGAAAAAGAGAAUGCUGCUUUGAAAGAGAUUGAUAAUCUACUUCAUGCAAAUGGGAAAAGUCUACAUGAAUUUCCUUCAUUACCGUUACCAACAGAAACUGCAACAGUUGAUCUACACAACCAUCUCAUACUGCAAGAAUUGAGUUAUGAUAGACAAGCCUUAUCAGAGGAAGCUAAUACACUUUCCCAGAGUUUGAAUGAUGAGCAACUACUCAUAUAUAAUAUCAUAUUGUCCGCAGUUAAUCUAUCUGACGGUGGGUUUUUCUUUGUGUAUGGGUAUGGUGGAACAGGCAAAACAUUUCUUUGGAAUGCAUUGAUAACAACAUUACGUGCAAAAGGUGAAAUUGUACUUCCAGUUGCAUCAAGUGGAAUAGCUGCAACAUUAUUACCAUCUGGCAGAACAGCACAUUCAAGGUUUGCAAUCCCCAUUCAAAUCACAGAGUCUUCUGUAUGUGGGAUAAAGCAAAACUCAGCACUAGCAAAUCUGAUUAAGUCCACAAAGUUAAUCAUUUGGGAUGAAGCACCGAUGGUUCAGAGGUAUUGUAUUGAAGCAUUUGAUAGAACGUUGAAGGAUAUUAUGCAUUCUAAUGCACCAUUUGGUGGUAAAUGCAUUGUCAUGGGUGGUGAUUUUCGUCAAAUUCUUCCAGUCAUACCAAAAGGUACAAGAGCUACAAUUGUUAAUGCUUCAAUUAAUUCCUCAUACUUAUGGAAUCAUUGUAGAAUUUUGAAGUUAACAAAGAACAUGCGACUGACUUCAACUGCUAUUCCCAGUCAUAAAGAAAAGUUAGAAUGGUUUUCAAAUUGGUUGCUACAUAUUGGUGAUGGAAAAUUAGGUGAAUCAAGUGAUGGUGUUGCAGAAGUUGAAAUCCCUAAAGAGUUGUUGCUCACAAAUUAUAACAACCCACUUCAUGCGAUUGUGGAUAGUAUAUACACAAAUCUCCUUCAUAAUUUAGCUUCUGGUGAAUACUUCAAUGAUAGAGCAAUCUUGGCCCCAACAAUUGAAAUGAUCUGGUCAAGAAAGUGA